CAUGCCGCUUUGAAUUGUGGGACUGGAGUCUAAAACAUCAACAAAAAUCUUUAUGCUGUUACUGUUCACAGAUAACUGCUAGUUUUCUGUUCACCUCGGUGUUUCCCUGCGAAACAGAGAUGGAAAAUGUCCACCUAGCCGUAGAGGAGGAUGACCUUUAUUUGGGUUACAACGACUAUAACCCCACAUUUGACUCCGAGGAAUUGGAGAACGAUGUGGGCUUCCAGCAGGCAGUUAGGACCAGUCAUGGAAGGAGACCUCCGAUGACUGCGAAGUUUCCAGGCACCGCCAUCGGAGGUCGACCUUUAGUUUCAUCUUUUGGUUCCCGAGUCCCCAUGGCUUCAUCAAUGGGCAGACCGAUGACUGGGGCUGUCCAGGAUGGCUCUGCCCGACCGAUGACUGCUGUCAGAGCUGCAGGCUACUCAUCCUCACUGAUGCGCGGCUCAACCUUUGAUCCCCUGGGACAGUCCAAGGGGCCUGCGCCUCCACUUGAAGCAAAGAAUGAAGACACGGCAGAAGAGAAGAUCAAGAUACUGGAGAAGAAAGUGAAUGACCUGAUAGAGGAGAGCUGCAUGGCACAGAGCAUAGGAGCCUUGCAGCUGGCUCUUGAAAAAGCCAAAGAGGCAGGGAGGAAAGAGCGAGCGCUGAUUAGACAGAGGGAAGCGUCUGGCAACACAGAGCACAUCAACUUAGACCUCACCUACUCUGGAGAGGUAAUAAAACAGGGAUCAAAUAUGACUACCAUGGCAGAAAGCAUUUCGACUCAGCUACACAGCCAGUAUGAGCAGAGAAAAGCUGUUUUGCUCAACCUUGCCAACCAGUAUGCGAACAAUGAAAUGUACCCAGAGGCUCUGAACAGCUACCACGUCAUCGUGAAAAACAAGAUGUUCACUAACGCAGGUCGCCUCAAAGUCAACAUGGCCAACAUCUACUUCAAACAGAAGAACUACCCUAAAGCGAUCAAGUUCUACCGCAUGGCGCUGGAUCAGAUCUCCAACACUCACAAGGAGCUGAGGAUCAAGAUCAUGCAGAAUAUCGGAGUGGUGUUUGUCCGCCUGGGCCAAUACUCGGACGCCAUAACGUCCUUCGAGCACAUCAUGGCCGAGAGUCCCAACAUCAAGACCGGCUUCAACCUUAUCCUGUGCUACUACGCCAUCGGAGACAGAGAGAGGAUGAAGAAGGCCUUUCAGAAGCUCAUCUCUGUCCCGCUGGGCAUCGAUGACGAAGACAAGUACAUCCCAGCCAGUGAUGACCCCAGUUCAAACAUGGUCAUUGAGGCCAUUAAAAACGACAAGCUUCACCAGAUGGAGAGGGAUCUGAAAGUCCUGGCUGAGAAGUACAUCAUGACUGCAGCCAAACUCAUUGCUCCGGCUAUUGAGACUUCCUUUGCUAGUGGCUUUGACUGGUGUGUUGACAUGGUGAAGUGCUCGCAGUAUGUCGAGUUGGCCAAUGAUCUGGAGAUCAACAAAGCCAUCACUUACCUCAGGCAGAAGGACUUCAAUCAGGUUGAGGCGGUGGAAACUCUGAAAACAUUCGAGAAGAAGGACAGCAGAGUGAAAAGCGCUGCAGCCACCAACCUUUCUUUCCUCUAUUUCCUGGAGAAGGACUAUGAUCAGGCUGACCGAUACGCUGACCUCGCUAUGAACGCUGAUCGCUACAAUCCCGCCGCGCUCAUCAACAAGGGCAACACGGUGUUUGUCAAAAAGGACUACGAAAAGGCAGCUGAGUUCUACAAAGAGGCGCUGAGGAACGACUCCUCCUGCACCGAGGCCCUCUAUAACCUGGGUUUGUCCUAUAAAAGAAUGAACAGAUUGGAGGAGGGCCUGGACUGCUUCCUGAAGCUUCAUUCAAUUCUGAGGAACAGCGCUGAGGUGAUGUACCAGCUGGCUCACCUCUACGAGCAGCUCGGAGACCCUCAGCAGGCCAUCGAGUGGCUGAUGCAGGUCAUCGGCGUCACUCCCACAGAUCCACAUGUACUGGCCAAACUGGGUAAGCUGCACGACGAUGAGGGGGACAAGUCCCAGGCUUUCCAGUACUACAGUGAGUCUUUCAGGUACUUUCCCUCCAACAUCGACGUGAUCGAGUGGCUCGGGGCUUACUACAUCGAGACCCAGUUCUGUGAGAAGGCCAUCCAGUACUUUGAACGAGCAACGCUCAUACAGCCAAACUUUGUGAAGUGGCAGCUAAUAGUGGCGAGCUGUUACAGAAGAAGUGGAAACUACCAGAAAGCUCUGGAAACCUACAAAGAGAUCCAUCGAAGGUUUCCAGAAAACGUGGAGUGCCUGCGCUUCCUGGUGAGGCUGUCGACAGACAUGGGGCUGAAGGAGGUCCAAGAAUACGCCACCAAGCUGAAGAAGGCGGAGAAGAUGAAGGAGAUCAGAGAGCAGAGGGUGAAGUCGGGCCGAGAGAACAGCGCCAGAGGUCGCAGGGAGGGCAGCACAGGGAGUGCUGGUGAGUCUCUCAGACGUCGUCGUCUGCGGUUUCCAAGGCUACCUGGCAGCCAGAUGUUUGUCCUCUGGACUCCGAUCGUGUUUGUCCUCUCAGCCCAAAAGUCAGACGUACUGAAGCGUUCCCUGUUAGCUUCCCUGGUUUAAAAAUAAAUUCAUUUUUAUUGCACUGACAUAAUCUCACACUGGAUUAAAGACAAAAAAAAAAAACGGCAACAUUUGACCCGAGUAUGUUUGUUCAGUUUAGAAAUACAGCUAUCAUCUUGAUAAAAUGACUGUUUUUAGCUUUAUGAAGUUAAAAAUAACGUGUUGGGAUGUGGAGUCCAUGACUUCAUGUUUCUCUCUGGUGGGAAAACAAUCCGGAGAAUUCAACGUUUCAGUGUGUUGACUGUCGCAGGUCAGGGAACGGCUCCAAGAACGUAGCUGCUAAUACGUGGAGUCUAGUUGGACUUUAACUGGAAUUGUUUUGUGGUGGUGCGAUGGGAUUGAGUUUUACAGCCUGAGACACUCCUGGAUGAAUCUGUGGGGAAUCCCGUCAAGCAGACUGCUAAAACAUGUGGGCCGGUCAAAUCCCAAAUGAUUCUCCAGACAUGAAUUCAACCUUCUGCCGUAGAAAUGUAACGUCUGCAGGAAAUCGAAGAGAAGACCCUGGACAAUAUGGAGAGCGAUUGUGUAGAGAGGAAAAGGUCAAAGGUUCCUCUGUCCGUACGGUCCAGUCAUGUGACACAUUAUGCUACAGGACUUGGUGAUGUGAAAAGUGUUUGAUAAAAGCAACUCUUUAUUAAAUUGAGAAUUUUUAUUUUUUUACUUUCAUUUAGUACAUCUGUUCUAAUUAGAUGUUGGAUUAUAUUGUGUUAAAUUAUGCCACGGCAAAUAAAAACUGUUGUUUAUUUAUUUAUUUUUUUUCUGGGCUGUAAUUAAUGAUUGUUUUAGUAAUCAAUUAUUCCGUCGACUGUUUUGCCGAUUAAUCGGAUAGUGCAGAUUUUUCAAUUAACCACUUUAGUCUUUUUUCAUGGAGUAUUAGAAAUACAUUAAAAUAUGCGUAAACCUUUCACUGCCUGAAAUGCGAUAACAGCGUUCCUUCAGCAUACACUUUACUUGUAGAAAAAAAAAAUCCUACAAUCAAUGUGUGAAAAGGUCAAUACUCAGUAUUGAGGACUGAUCACUUGAUCAUGUUUUGGAUUAAUUGAUUAUUGGAUGGCAGAAAGUGCUCAACAGAAGUUUCUAUGUUUGUUUUUUCUUCUUGUUUUUACAGAAUUUCUAUCCGGUUGAAGCUAAAACUAAACACCGCAUAAGAUUUGGGUUGAGCACGUCAAAAGGUUUUAUCUUAAAUGUAUAUAAAUGUUUUGAUCUUUUUUGCUUUCUUUGGAGCCUGGAUACUCCAGCUAGCAAUGAAUCGAUUACUAAGUUACUUAAUUAUUUCAAUAAUCGAUUCAUCACGAUUAAUCUGAUGAAUUGUUUCAGCCCCAAUUUUUUUCUCUUUUUAAAGUACGGCAGCACUGCGUUUUCUUCCACACAGUGAGGAAGUCAGAUUGGUGUUGCUGCUUCAAAACUCUCAAAGUGAGAUGUUAAAUUUAUUCAGUGGGAAAGUUGAGAGGGAAACGUUUUUGAGCAGCUGCAGCCCGGGUCACAGAGCAGCAGUAAAUCCAGAUCAUUCGGUGGUGCAGAUUUCCUUUUGGGGAGCGGGGGCUCUUCUGACUGCAGCCGUUAAAACUGAGCUGCUGAACUGGAGGAGGGGGAUUUUUAGGUUUUCAGUCCUUUUUAACAGUGGAUCAAGCUGAUAACUCAGGAUGGGUGUCUGGGUGUGUGUGUUCA